GCCAGAAAUAAAAACUGAGAAGCGGAGAAGUCUUCUGUUAUCCUCGACAAUGGCUUCCACGAAACGACGUUUUGCAGAGGAGGAUAAUUCUCACUUGUUGUCGAAGAAAGUGAGGGAAUCUGCACCUGAAUCUGAUGUAUCUGCUUCUACUCUGCAUGUCAUUCUCAAUCCUGCCGACUGUGACUUAGAUUUCAAUAUUGAUCACAAUGGACUUGUUGGAUAUGGACUUCACCAGGAAGGGUUUGCUUAUUGUUGGUCUGGUGCCCGGGCUAACGUGGGAAUAAUCAGAGGUAAAUAUUGUUUUGGCUGUAAAGUUGUGUCUGAACAGCUGGUUGAUAUGAAUGACACUGUCCCUGAGCAGCAACAUAUUUGUCGUCUUGGGAUUUCUAGAGGCGAAGAUACAGUUGGGAACCUUGGAGAGUCUAGACACAGCUUUGGAUAUGGUGGUACUGGCAAGUUUUCAAAUUCUGGAAGAUUUGUAAAUUUUGGAGAUAGGUUUGGUGUUGGGGAUACAAUUAUUUGUUGUGUUGACCUUGAAAGCAAACCGCUGGCUUCUAUAGGUUUCUCCAAGAAUGGUAAAUGGUUGGGUGUUGCUACUAAAUUUGAUGUGGCUAACCUUGGAGUUAUGGAUUCUCCUACAGGGAGUUUACAGUGGAAAUCAGCACUUUUUCCACAUGUCUUGUUGAAAAAUGUUGAAGUCCAAAUGCAGUUCAGUGUUGGAGAUGGACUUGUUCCUGAAGAAGGGUUUAAACCGUGGACCUCAUCUGUGGAGGAUGCAAACAUAAUUAUGGGACCUUCCUUUUCUGAUCCAAAGGAUUGUGAAAUGAUAAUGAUGGUGGGAUUACCAGCUUCAGGCAAGACUACAUGGGCAGAAAAAUGGGUGAGAGAUCAUCCAGAAAAGCGUUAUGUGUUACUUGGCACAAACUUAAUUCUUGAUCAGAUGAAGGUACCUGGACUAUUGCGGAGAAACAACUACGGUGAAAGAUUUGAUCUUUUGAUGGAUAGGGCUACUGGAAUAUUCAAUAUACUGCUAUCCAGGGCAGCUAAUAUACCUCGGAAUUACAUAAUUGAUCAGACAAAUGUGUAUAAGAGUGCACGUAAGCGUAAGCUUAAACCAUUUGCAGAUUAUAAAAAGAUAGCUGUUGUUGUAUUCCCAAAGCCAGAAGAACUCAAGAUAAGGUCUGAUAAAAGAUUUGCAGAAAUGGGUAAAGAAGUACCACUUGAUGCUCUGAAUAAAAUGAUAGCUAAUUAUGUUCUGCCUGAAAGCAAGGAUAUGCCUCAUUCAGAUGAAGUUUUUGAUCAGGUUAUGUUUGAGGAAAUGAACCAAAGCGAGUCUCAGAAAUAUUUGGAUCAGAUGAAGCAGAAUUUAGCAUGUGUGUCUAACAAUAACAGAUCAACAUUACCCCUUGGAGGUUGCAAUGAGUCUUUUGUUGGAUCCCAUUUACAAAAUAAAAGAAGUUUGACAGGCAGUGGUCUUCAUCAGUCAGGCUCUUAUUCUACUAUGACUCCAAAUAGCCAUGGGAUUCCUAGUCAAGUUAGUCAGGUUAAUGCAAAUGGUCAUGUGACUGAACUUGAGAGGAGUAUAAAUUCAUUUUCUGGAGUAUAUCCUGGAAGUCAAAUUCCUCGUGUUGCCAGAGCACCUUCUCCUUGUGAACCUUAUUCCAAUAGUGAAUCAAAUUGCUUCCCCAGAGAUGUUACCGGUUAUAAUCAAACUUACUAUGCCAUUUCGAGGGAUGAUAUCCGCAAUUUCAACAACUCUGUCGUGGGUGGCCCCAACAGGCCAGACAUUAUAGGGAACAAUAUGGUUUUUCAUGAUGCUUUUCCUGAUGCCUACAACAGGAGUGGCAUGAAUGAAUCCUCUCCAACAGCAAGAGCAAGAGCAAUGUCUUUUGAUUAUAGAACUCGUGGUGAACCUUAUCCUGAUGCCUACAGGAGUGGCCUGAAUGAAUCCUCUCCAAUAGUCAGUGCAAGAGCAGUGUCAUUCGAUUAUAGAACUCAUGACGAACCUUAUCCUACAGAGGCAUACACCCAUUCCCUGAGAGGUUUCCGGCCUGACCUGCGUACUCGCUCCCCAACCACAUUCGAUUCACUUUACCCGUACGGGACACCGACUCCAAGACCUCCAUAUGGAAGUUCACCCAAUAACAUGCCUAAUUCAGGGAGAUAUGCCCCUCAUCGUCCAAGAUACUUCUAACUGUUGUGUUUUAUGUGGAUUCAUCUGACCCAUGUGGCUAGGUAUAUCCAUGUGUUUAGAAGGGGAUCAUAGCUCACUGACAGCAAAUAUACAUGUGUGUAUUCAUGUUGGAUAUUUAGUAUUAUUUAUUUAUAUAUGUGCACUGAAAGUAAUGAAGUGAGGUUCAUUAUAAAGGGAAAGAAA